AUGAAAAUUCUUUAUUGGUUUUCUAUCUGCGCGGCCAAUGCGGCUGAUAUCGUCAAGGGAAACGACGGACGAGUCGUCAGUAGAAUCAACAAAUAUGGAGCUUUCAGAAAAAACGUUGGCGCGAAAAAACCAGACGUGGAACCGACAGUAGACUACAUGGCGAUGCACAAUCCAGGUCUGGCCGAAGAAUUGGCCAAAAUUAUGGACAGCGCGAACGCCAACGACGCCGAGUACAUGGCCAAGAAAAGGGCCAAGGAAGCGAAAAGAAAGCCGCCGAAGCAGCUCUUAGGCGCGCCAGGGAAAGGAGCCGGUCCAAAGCGCGGGCCGCCGAUGAAACGUCCGGGCGUGAAUCUCAAGUCGGCAGGAGGCGGCGGCGGCGGCGGCGGAAUGACAGACCAGGAACGACGCCGCGAGGAGCAGCGCAUCAGAGACGAGAUGGAGAAGAGCAAGGCGGACGCCGAGUUCCAGGUGGUCAAAGGCUACGCAAUCAAGGGCGCCAUUGGCAUCGGCGUCAUCGCAGCGUUGAUGAUCGUCGUGACCAAAAUCCGAACGGCGAUGGAGGAAAAAGCCAAGCAGCAAAAACUCGCGGAGGAGCGCGCCGCCGCUGCUGCUGAAAAAGUGAAGCCGGCCGAACCCACUCCAGCGGAUCUGAAAGCGCUAGAAGACGAAGAAGGGGCGAAAAAAGAAGCUGAGCGGGAGAAAAUCUACGACUCGAUCGAUUCCGACGACCAAAAGAAGAUUGACGAACUCUACGAGAAAAAGCCGAUUUCUUCGUAA